AUGCGUAUUUACUCGGAGCUUAAAUGGACACGUGCUGGUGCUGGUGUUAUUGUCGCAGAGAGACGACACAGAGAGGUGAUUAUUGCAUCUUUUCGUUCAAAUAAUGAACAAUACACAUAUACAUAUAUACAUACAUACAUACGUACAUACAUCGGUCAACGACAAAUGGCAUUUGCACAAUUUAGAAUAUUAUUUAAAAAGAAUUUUCUACUUCGUCGUCGACAACCGGUACUUUUUCUUUUUGAAAUUGCAUGGCCUUUAUUACUCUUUUCUAUUGUUGCCAUUAUUCGAAAAACAUCACCUAUUCAAGAUCGACCAGCAUGUUAUCACAAUCCUAUGCCGUUACCUAAUAGUGGUACGAUUGGUUUUCUACAAAGCUUUUUGUGCAAUACAAAUGUUAGCUGUCGUUUAAAGCCCUUCGAUGUGCAAACAUCGACGUUAAGAAAUUAUCUUCCAUCUGUCUAUGAUGGAAUACUUGGAUUAACACAAACAGAAGGUGUAAAUACAGUUUUAUAUAAUUUACCAAAUUUAACACGUAGUGUUGAUCAUAUAAAUAAUGCAUUCAAUGAUACAUUUUUACAAAAAAUCUUAGAUGGAAAAUUUUAUAUGUAUGAUUUAUUUAAUAAUACAAAUGAAUUAAAAAAUGAUUUAUUAUUAACUGGAUUAUCAAAUGAUUUAAUUGAUAAUUUUUUUAAUGGUUCAUUUAAUUUAACAGAAAUUUAUAAUACAUUCAAUCAAACAAUUAAUAUUGAACCAUUUUGUCGAAAUAAUUUUCUUAAUCAUAUUCUUACAGUUGAUAAUUCCGGUAAUGCAAAUGUUCUUAUUCAAGCAUUAUGUCAAUUAAAUAUUCGAAAUCUUACAAUGGAUUUAAGUACAUUUAUCAAUGAACUUAAUCAUGAUGUAAUUGAUCAAUAUUUUAAUAAUAUUUCACAAUUAAUCAAUGGACAAGAUCUGAAAGAUAAAAUUCAACAACUAAGAGAUUUAGAAAGUACAGUCAAACAAUUAAGUUCAUAUGCUGCUUUAUUACAAAAUAUGCCAAAUAUUACUGAUAUAGCAAGAAUUAUCCCUCGACUUAUACAAAUUAUUGAACUUGUACAAAAUCAACGUGAUUUAAUUCAGCUUUUUGGACAAAUUCUAUCUGAUUUACAUAUUAUAACUGAAGAACGUAUCAUAUUACAAUUAUAUGAAAUUACAAAAAUGUUUGUUGAUUUUCUUCAUCGUUAUGAUAAUAUGACUCAAACAUUAACAGCUCAACAAUUAUUUCGUGAUUUACCAUUGAAUACAAUUUUACAAUCAGCAUUAACAAUUACAAAACAAUUUGAAGCUCCAAUAUUAAUAUCGAGAAUUAAUUUUCUUGUUUUAUCAGAAUUUAUUGUUAGUAAAUUAACUGGAACAUCAAGUCAUCGAGCAGUUUGUCUUCAACCCGGUUUUUGGACAUUAUUUGUUUUAGAUGAUGCAACAUCUCAAAAUCUUAAAGAACGUGUUGAUCGUUAUUGUGGUAGUCAUAAUAAUGUUGAUGCAAUUUAUAAUAAUUUACUAAAUGGUAUUCGUUAUGAUCAAAUACAAAACUAUUUUAUGGAUAUACAAUUUUCACCUAUUGCUUUCGAGGGUUUAUCAAGUAUAUUAUUUACAGUGAAUAAAGUUGGAUCAUUCGAAAAUGACCUACGUUUAACAUUUGAUAGUGUUUCGGCAGUUAGUGAAUUAUUAUCAAGAACAAAAACAGCUGGACUAAAUCUUUAUGCAUCAUAUAAUUUUGUUAAACAAAUGACAAGAACAUUUAAUCCAGAUUUAUUAAAAAUGCCAAUAUUUAAUACACUUGAUAUAGCAGUACCAAUUCUAACACCAUUAGUUAAUUUUGAUCAAAUUGUUUCUUUAUUGGCUGGAAUUCCACGUGGAACAAUUGAUAAUAUUGUAAAUAAUGUUAAUCAAAUUAAUAAUUUUUUAACAACACCAUCUUCAACAAGACUGAUGCGUUUAACAACAACAGCAAACAUUUCAAAUAUACAAACAACUACAAAACCUCGAACACGAGCUCGAUAUAUUGAUUGGGCAACCCUUCUUCAUGCAAAUAAUUUCCUCAAUCCAAAUAUAUCAAAACCGAUUGUUAUGCCACAGAAUAUGACUGAAUAUGGACACUGGGUUAAACGACAAAAACGACAACUUGAUUUUAUAUCUGGUCUACUUGGUCAAGCAAAACAAUCGGAUUCUUCUGAUUCUCCGUUAGCUAAUAUUCCUGAUUUUGUUAAAAUGUUCAAUUCAUUUUCUCCUGAAGCUCUCGAAUUUCUUUGUAUAGAACCAUUAGUUAAUUUAAUUCCCAAUGAUCCAGUUCUUAAUUAUAUAUUUGGUGUUGGACGUGUAUUUGAAUUAGUAAAUACAUUCAUGUCUAUAAUAACAUCAACAAAUCGUAUACGUUGUUUACAAGAUCCAAAUAGUGAUUAUGCUGAAAUAUCUCAAUUUCUUCGUUUAAACAAAACAGUUGGAUUGAUUCGUGAAUUGAUACAAAAUGGUUUCCAAUCAAAAUUUAGUUGUUCAUUAAUUGUUGAUGUUGUUAAAAAUAUUCAAGUUUAUCAAAAUUUAGCACAAAUUAUGCAACAUAAUACUAUAACACUUGACACACUUGAUUGUUUAAAACAAACUUUAUUUCAAACACUUGAACGUUUAAAAAUUUUACCUGGUUUAGUUCGUUUUAUAUUUAGUGAUAUGUCAAUCAUACAAUCUAUUAAACAAUUAACACCAUUAAUACAAAUAUUUGCACCAGUAUUUUCUCAACAAACAUAUAAAUUUGUUCAAAUAAAUGAUAUGAUUGAACAUGCAAAUAAUUUUACGACAUUUUUACAACAAUAUCGAAAUAUAACAUCAUUAAAUCAAUGGUAUUUCAACACAAGAUUGAGUGAAUUAAAAUCAGCAAGUGAUUUAAGAGAUAUAUUUUGUGAUCAAAAACAAAUUGUCAAUUAUAUUAUUGCAUUUCAUGAUACACCUGAUACAAUCGAAUGGAAUUUAUGUAUUAGUGAAUUAAAAUAUAAUCAAACUUAUCAACAAUUUAUGGAUCAAUAUGGUGGACCACUUCAAUUACGAAAAUUCAAUGGUUUAAAUGUGGAACGUUUGAUGAAUGAAAUGCCAAUGAUAAAAAAUGAUUUUGAAGAUUUAAUUAAAGAACAUGAAUGGGUCAUGGAACUUAUCAAUGGAAUUAAUACAGACCAAAUAUCACCCAUUGAAAUUUAUAAUCUAUUUACAAAUUUUACAACUCAUCUUCCGGAAUUUGAAAAAUUACGAUUAAAUGUUUCAAAUCUUGUUGAGAAAUAUUUUUGGGCAUUACCAGAUGAAUCAAUGCAAAAAAUGAUUCUAUCGAUUAUUGAUGGGUUACAAACAGUACAUGAAUUGAGUAUUAUCAUACAAGAGAAUUUAAAUGGAUUACCAGUAAAAGAUACAUUCAAAAAUUUUACAUUUGUUACAAAUAAAUUAAUGCAAAAUUAUGGUUUUCCUUAUUCAACAAUUCAACUUUUAAACCAAGCUCGUUUAUUCAAAGAUCCAAGUAUUUUAUUUAAUUUAUAUACUGACUAUCAUCAAACAGUAUGUAAUGUUGAUAAAUUCAAUGAAACAAUUUUUAAAACUUGGCCCUAUUUACAAUUUAAUCAAAAUUUUGAUAUAACAAAAUUAUCAAAAUAUUUAUGUGAUAUGUCAUUAGAAAAUCAAACUAAUAUUGUUAAAACACUGCUGAAACAUUUUCUCGUACCUGAGAAAUUACGACUGUUUUUUGACCGUGGUGGUAGUUAUAUCGUUGAAUUAAUUAAUAUGAAUGAAAAUGAAAUUGAUGUUUUCAAACAAGUUGGUCCUAUCGUAAAUGAUGUGAAUGAAUUAUUAAAACGUGUUAAAAGAUUAAAUCAACAAAGUGAUACAUCUGAAAAUCAAGAUCAAUUUGCAAAAAUAACAAAUAUAUUUUGUGCUGAAAUUGAUAAACCAUCGAAUCCACAAAGACAAGUUUUCGAUGAUGAAGAAUAUCAUGUUGAAGAAAAUAAAGAUGGAGUAAAGAAAAUCAAUGAAACAGAUCCAUUAAUAAAUCAACGAGCUUCAGAAACAAUUGAACCAGAUGAAAAAGCUGAUUGUUCAGAUAUACGACGAAGUAUUGAACAAAGUAGUGAUGUCGGAUAUAUUGUUUGGCCAUUAAUUAAACCAUUACUACUUGGAAAAAUUUUAUAUGCACCUGCAACACCAGUUUCUAAUGCAAUUAUUGCAAAAGUAAACAAAACAUUCGAAGAAUUAGAUAAAAUUCAUCAAUUUGCAAAAAGUUGGGUAAAUUCUCCACUUAAUUUAACUGCUGUCUUAGGUGAUUUAAAAAAUACCAAUAAUAUCAAAAAAGUUUUUGCAAAUCAGUUUUUUCAAGAAUUAUUUACUAAUAUAGUUGGAAUGAAUACAUUUGAUAUUAAAUCAAUAAUAUCAAUGUUAGAUAAUUUAAAUGGUGAACCUAAUGUUGAUGUUUUAAAGAAUAUUGAAGUUAUUAUGAAACAAUUUAGUGAUUAUUUACCAUGUAUUGAAUUAAAUCGUUUUGAAGCACUUCAAUCAGAAAGUGAACUUGUUGAACGUGCAAAAGAAUUACAUCGAAAUCGAUUAGUUAUUGCUGGAAUUGUUUUCUCGAAUUUAAAUAGUUCAAAUCCAAAUGCUAAUUUUCUUCCACCACAUGUUCAUAUUAAAAUUCGUAUGGAUGUUGAUAGUGUUCGAACAACCGAACAAUUAGCAAGUUGGUUAUUUUUUCCUGGACCUGAAAAUGAUUAUUUUCGUGAAAUGCAUUAUUUACGAGGAUUUAUACAAAUACAAGAUUUAAUUGAACGUGCAAUUAUUGAUUUACAUUUUGAAGAUACAGAAAAAGUAUCAACAAAUCCUGUUGUUUAUAUGCAAUUAAUGCCAUAUCCAUGUUAUCGUGGUGAUCCUGGAAAAGAAUCAUCUUAUGUUAAUUAUUUUAUUUUACCAAUUUUGGGUACAUUAAUGUGGACAGCAACAUUGGGUGUAUCAAUAAAAAAUUUAAUGCGUGAACGUGAAAGAAAUGUUGAACAAGUGAUGCAAAUUAUGGGACUUAAUUCAACGAUAAAUUUUAUUACUUGGUUAAUUAGUUCAUGUAUACCGAUGAUUGUUGUAUCGAUUGUUGUUGCUAUCGUUCUUAAAUAUGGUGGAAUUUUUCCAGCAUCGGAUUUAACUGUAACAAUCACACCAUUACUUACUCUUGCUAUUUCAGCAUUAAUGCUUGGGUAUUUAGUCAGUUCAUUUUUCAAAAAAGCAAAUUUAGCUACAUUAUGUGGAAUAUUGAUCUAUUUUAUUUCGUAUCUUCCAUUUAUUCUUGUCAUGUUUCUUGAAACAAAAAUACAAUUAAUUCAUAAAUUAUUAAUCAGUUUAUCCAGUGCGACAGCAUUUGGAUAUGCAUCUAUAUAUUUAACUCGUUUUGAAUAUCAAGGUGAAGGCAUUCAAUGGAAUUCAGUUUUUCAUAGUAUAUUUCCUAAGGAUCAAAUGAAUUUUGGUAUUGCAUGUAUAAUGAUGUUAGUGGAUUCGAUUAUUUAUGGUCUUAUCGGAAAAUAUAUUCGUUCGGUAUUACCGGGUAAAAAUGCACGUAGAAAACCAUUAUGGUAUCCAUUUUUACCAUCAACAUGGUGUUUCUGUAAGAAAAAAACAAGUCCACAUGAUGAUUUAAAUUCAGCAUUUCGUAUUGAUCGUGAUCAUCAACCAAAUCCAUUUACUGCUCGAAUGAAACAAAUUGAUCCAAAUAAUGAACAAGAACCAACACAUUUACCAGUUGGAAUUUCAUUCGAAAAUUUAUCGAAACAUUAUGGAGAAAAUAAAAAAGCGGUAGAAAAUUUAUCAUUCAAACUUUUUGAAAAUCAAAUAACAGCAUUACUUGGACAUAAUGGGGCUGGAAAAACAACAACAAUUAAUGUUUUAACUGGAAUUUAUCCACCAACAAAUGGUACAGCAAGUAUUUAUGGACGAGAUAUAACAACAGAUUAUGAACAAAUAAGAAAAAAUGUUGGUCUAUGUCCACAAGAAGAUAUUCUAUUUGAUUUUAUGACUGUUCGAGAACAUUUACAAUUUUAUGGACGUUUAAAAGGAAAUAUGAGUUCAAAAGAAUUAGAUCGAGAUAUAAAUGAACUUUUAAGUAGUAUGGGUUUAUGGUGUUUUCAACAUGAACGUGUUUCAUCAUUAUCUGGUGGUGUAAGACGAAGAGUCUCCGUUAGUAUUGCAUUUGUAGCUGGUUCACGAACAGUUAUUCUCGAUGAACCAACAUCAGGCGUUGAUCCAUGUGCAAGAAGAAGUAUAUGGGAAGUUAUAUUUAAACAUAGAGCUGGAAGAACGAUCUUAUUAACAACACAUUAUCUCGAUGAAGCGGAUACGUUAAGUGAUCGAAUUGCUAUUAUACAUCAAGGCCGAUUAUUAUGUAGUGGUUCGUCCAUGUUUUUAAAAAAACGUUUUGGUAAAGGUUAUAGUUUAACAAUUGAUUUAAAACUUAAAGUAAAUAAUAAAAUCAAACUUGUUGAAAGUAAACAAUUCAAAGAUGUUAAUGGAUUUAUAUUACAAGAAAUGCCUGAUGCAACACUUCGAGAACAUAUUGGAAGUGAAAUCACAUAUUCAUUUAAACAUGAAUUACGACAUAAAUUUGAACGAUUAUUUAAACAACUUGAAAUUAAUAAAGAACGUUUAGCUAUUGGAAAUUAUGGUUUAUCAGAUACAACACUUGAAGAAGUAUUUUUAUGGGUUACAGAAUUAGCAGAUCAAGGCAAAAUGGAUGAUUCAUGUGAUAAUUCAUCUGUCCCGAAAAUAAUUAUUGAACAAACACCAAUUUCAUCAGCUAAUAGUGAUGAUAGUGGUCUUGGUGGAGAAUCAAAUGCAACAUUAGAUGGUAUUUCAACAAUUAGUAGUAGUACUGCUCAAUUACCAACCAUAUCAAAUAUAACUCUUGCACCUCUAACAAAACCUGUACGAAUAACUGGUCGUAAAUUAUAUUUUCAUCAAUUUCAAACGUUAUUAUUAAAACGUUUUCAUCAUACAAAACGAAAUUGGAAAGUUUUUCUUUCACAUAUUCUUCUACCAUUAUUAUUUGUGGCUAUGUCAAUGGGUUUUACAUUAGUACGUCCAUCACAAGUUUUUCAAAGACCAUGGUUAUUAACACCCGCUAUGUAUGAACAAUCAGCAAUGUUUGUAAAGUAA